CGGUCGCCGGUCCCCCGCGCAGCGCCUGCCCACACACAUGGCGGCGCCCUGCUCAGCUUCCCGGCGCCGGGACCGACGGGCCGGGCCGGCCUUGCCAGUACUCGGGGACUUCCUCCGCGAGCCCGCUUCCUGCACGGCUGGCAUUUAAACCGGCGCCUGGGGCUGCGGGCUGCGGAUGCUGAGCUGUCCGCGGGCUGGGCGACGCCGCCGCCUCUCCCGAGCCGGCCGGCCGCGCAGGAGCAGAGCCGCAGCAUCCCCUCGCGGCACCCGGGCCGGGGCUGGAGAGGUCGGCGGGGGAAGGUCGGGGACCCGGCAUCGCACGCCGGCAUCUGGCACUUCAACUGCAGGUUUGACUUGAAUUUCCCAGCUCGCAGCCCUUCUGCCCGGCGCGGAUUAUUUCUCCUCCCCACCCGGCCUCGGUGGCUGCUCGCGGCGGGGCGCUGGGCCGGGCCCCGGUAGCUCGGGCGGGGCGCGUUCCCGCCGCCCCAGGGACCCACCGCGCCGCGCGCCUGGCCAUGGUGCGGCCGAGCCCGGCGCUCGGGUGAGGCGGCGGCGCGGCUCGGAGCGGCUGGCGGGCCCUGCGGGGCCCCUUCACCUCCCCGGGAGCCGAGGGCGCCGGCCGCGGGGCUGCGCGCGGGGGGCGAGCGGCGGCCGCGAUGUUCAGCUGGCUGGGCUCCGACGACCGCCGGCGGAAGGACCCCGAGGUCUUCCAGACGGUGAGCGAGGGGCUCAAGAAACUCUACAAAACCAAGCUGCUGCCCCUGGAAGAGCAUUACCGCUUCCACGAGUUUCACUCGCCUGCCCUGGAGGAUGCCGAUUUCGACAACAAGCCCAUGGUCCUGCUGGUGGGCCAGUACUCCACUGGGAAGACCACCUUCAUCAGGUACCUCCUGGAACAGGACUUCCCCGGCAUGAGGAUUGGGCCUGAGCCAACCACUGACUCCUUCAUUGCUGUGAUGCAUGGACAGGUGGAGGGCAUCGUCCCUGGGAAUGCCCUGGUGGUGGAUCCUAAGAAACCUUUCAGGAAGCUGAACGCCUUUGGCAACGCCUUCUUGAACAGGUUCGUGUGUGCCCAGCUGCCCAACCCGGUGCUGGAGAGCAUCAGCGUCAUCGACACUCCGGGCAUCCUCUCGGGGGAGAAGCAGAGGAUCAGCCGAGGGUAUGACUUCGCGGCUGUCCUCGAGUGGUUCGCCGAGCGGGUGGACCGCAUCAUCCUGCUCUUUGAUGCCCACAAGCUGGACAUCUCGGACGAGUUCUCCGAGGUCAUCAAGGCCCUCAAGAACCACGAGGACAAGAUGCGGGUGGUUCUGAACAAGGCGGACCAGAUCGAGACCCAGCAGCUGAUGCGGGUCUACGGGGCCCUCAUGUGGUCCCUGGGCAAGAUCGUGAACACCCCGGAGGUGAUCCGAGUCUACAUCGGCUCCUUCUGGUCCCACCCGCUCCUCAUCCCUGACAACCGGAAGCUCUUCGAGGCCGAGGAGCAGGACCUGUUCAGAGAUAUUCAGAGUCUGCCCCGAAAUGCCGCCCUGCGCAAGCUCAACGACCUCAUCAAGAGAGCCAGGCUGGCCAAGGUUCACGCGUACAUCAUCAGCUCCUUGAAGAAGGAGAUGCCGUCAGUGUUCGGGAAGGAGAAUAAGAAGAAGGAGCUGGUGAACAACCUGGCUGAGAUUUAUGGCCGCAUCGAGCGGGAGCACCAGAUCUCACCUGGGGACUUUCCCAACCUUAAGAGGAUGCAGGACCAGCUGCAGGCCCAGGACUUUAGCAAAUUCCAGCCCCUGAAAAGCAAGCUGCUGGAGGUGGUGGAUGACAUGCUGGCCCACGACAUCGCCCAGCUCAUGGUGCUGGUGCGGCAGGAGGAGACGCAGCGGCCCAUCCAGAUGGUGAAGGGCGGAGCAUUCGAGGGCACCCUGCACGGCCCCUUCGGGCACGGCUACGGGGAGGGCGCCGGGGAGGGCAUCGAUGACGCCGAGUGGGUGGUGGCCAGGGACAAGCCCAUGUACGACGAGAUCUUCUACACCCUGUCGCCAGUGGACGGCAAGAUCACAGGGGCCAACGCCAAGAAAGAGAUGGUGCGUUCCAAGCUGCCCAACAGCGUGCUGGGCAAGAUCUGGAAGCUGGCUGACAUUGACAAGGAUGGCAUGCUGGACGACGAGGAGUUUGCACUGGCCAACCACCUCAUCAAGGUCAAGCUGGAGGGCCAUGAGCUGCCCAACGAGCUGCCCGCCCACCUGCUGCCCCCAUCCAAGAGGAAAGUGGCCGAGUGACGGGCGGAGGAGGUUCAGAGCAGGCAGGGGCUGGAGGAGAUGGGAGGGCAGGAGACACACACGUACACACACACACACGGACACACUUGCACACACAGAUCUUGAGAACUGCACUGCAGCUGAGAGAGGGGCAGGGACCCCCAGGCUUCCAGG